AUGGCGCUGGCGUGCCUUGUUUGCCACAGCAUCGACAGCCCCUCGGGCUCAUUCAGGAGCUACUCCGCCUCGAGCUCGGACAACGAGGGCCGAUGCUCCGCCAUCGUCAGUUGCCUGGCCAAGAAAGUCAACGCUUCCUCCAGCAAUGCGGCGACGUCCAAGGUGGCCCCUUUUCCGCUGAUCUCCGCUGGACAGGGCCCGGCGGCGGGAAAUCCCCGCCUGGUCAGAAGCCUCGCCGUGACGAGGGACCACGUCAGGGACUGGCGCUUCGACGAUGCCUAG